CCACCCCGUCACCAAGGUUCAAAAAUCGCCAAUUUAACGUUGGACUCUCUGCUCUGAAUGUCAGGAUUGACAGAAUCUACACCUCUUCUCGGACGCGCAUCGCUUGUACGCCCUCAGAUGUUCUGGCGCGCAGGAGCAAUACUCGUCACGCUCGGCAUGGUUGCUGGAGCCUUCGGUUCUCAUGGUCUGCGCAAGAAAUCAGGAAUCACGCCAGAUCAGAUUCAAGCCUGGGGGACUGCCUCGAACUACACUGUCUUCAAUGGCCUGGGCUUGAUGCUCGUCUCGAUGCACCCUCGCUUUGCGACGCACCGAUUCGCUGGCCCUGCCAUAGCAAUUGGCAGCGUUGUAUUUUCCGGAACCAUCUUUGCUCUUGUUCUCGCUCGCGACCGCUUCAAGUGGCUCGGACCUGUCACUCCUCUUGGAGGAAGCUUUAUGAUGGCUGGAUUCCUUUCUCUUGCGUUCUGAUGCUUGAACACUGUACUUAUAUCGAGUAUAUGCUACGUGCUUACCAUCGUCAAGCACGGGAGCCAAUCAUGUCAUUGAGCGGUCACGUGACCGGCGGUUGGACUUGGUGUUCGAUUCGACGCUCUCGCUUCGCCUCGUGUUUCGUGGUCGAGGACCGCGUCGGUGCACUGCAGCUCGGAUAUCUUUUCUCUUUCUC